AUGCACCCCCUUAUCCUAGAGCUCGCCGCCGGUAGCGAUAUUCUCCACUGCGUCGCCGCAUUCGCUCGACGCCGCCGUGUCGGCCUUUCGAUCCUGGCCGGCAGCGGGGCUGUUUCGUCCCUCGCGCUCCGGCAGCCGGCGGCGCCUUCCGCCACCCUUACAAGUUUUUACAGUUUCCGGCCGCUUCGAUAUCGUUUCUCUGUGCGGCACUUUUCCGCCGCCGCCUCCGGCGGAGGCUUCGCCGGAGUUUACGAUAUCGGUGGCGCUAGCGAGAGGGGAGGUUAUAGGAGGGGUGGUAGCGGGGCCUGUGACGGCCGCCGGGACGGUGGUUGUGGUGGGAGCUUCGUUUUUAGCGGCGGAGUUUCAGAGGCUGCCGGCUGUGGUGGAAGGAGGAGGAGAGGAGGCGGCGACGGCGGCGGCGGUGGGGGAUUCCGCUCCGGCGACUGGUCAAGUUUCGCAUGA